GGGAGGAAGUAUUUGAUAUCUUCAAUUAUGAUUACCAAAGACCUUAUUUUAAAGUCCGAAAAUAGAAGAAAGCAACGGCGAUCCUUUUCCGUCCAAAGCGAACUUGAGUUGAUACAAUGCCAUAAUUCUGUUACUCAUGGUUUUUUGGAUGGUGUUAUCUUGAUGGCAUGCUCCUUGAGAAAAGCUAGUGCAGUUUGCUCCAUUUUCAGGAAAAGCUACUCUUCCAUUGUUGUUGUCGCUUCACAUGCCUUCAGAUUGACCUGCAAUAGCACGUGUGUGCCCCACUAUUUGGGAACAGAGUCCUCUAUUUAUAAUCCAGGAGGUGUGAUGUUUUCUCGGCAGUUCUGUUCCAGUAGAGAGCCAGAGACGUUAUCUUGGGGAGUGUCGUCUGAUAUUGUUUUGCUGGGAAAACUUGAAAGUGCAUUGAGGAAUCACAACUUGGAGGAGGCUUGGGAAACCUACAGAGAUUUUAAACGUCUUUACGGUUUUCCUGAUCCCUUACUUGUAGAUAAGCUUCUUACUGAGUUAUCGUACUCAUCCGAUUCUAGGUGGCUUAAAAAGGCAUGCAAUAUGGUAGGGUCUAUUUUGAAAGAGAAAAGAGAGUUGAUACGCAAAGAGCUAUUGACCAAGCUCUGCCUAUCAUUGGGUAGAGCUCAAAUGCCCGUUCAAGCAUCAUCAAUUCUCAGACUGAUGUUUGUCAAAGGAAUUCUCCCACCAAUUGACAUGCUAGGGAUGAUAAUAUUUCACAUGGUGAAGACUGAUAUUGGAAUGAUUUUGUCAUCUAACAUUUUGAUUGAGAUAUAUGGCAACAGUCAACGAUUAACCUCAAAGAAAUCCACUUGCACGGAGUUAAAUAAAUAUGAUACACUUCUUUUUAAUCUUGUUCUUGAUGCUUGUGCAAGAUUUGGAUCAUCCAAUAAAGGCCAUCAGAUUAUUGAGUUAAUGACCCAAGUUGGAGUGGCAGCUGAUGCUCAUACUAUUUCAAUUAUUUCCCUGAUCCAUGAGAUGAAUGGUAUGCGGGAUGAAUUAAAGAAAUUUAAGAAGCAUAUAGAUCGGGUUUCAGCUUCAUUGGUUUCCAACUAUCAGCAAUUCUAUGAAAGUCUCCUGAGUUUACAUUUCAAGUUUAAUGAUAUUGAUGCUGCUUCUGAUCUUGUACAAGAUAUUUAUGGAUUUCAAGUGUUGCAUCAUGAGCAAAUAGAUAAGACACAACCACCUAAACUGUGCAUUGUUGCUAUCGGCUCCGAUAAUCUGAGGAUGGGAUUGAAAUUACAAAUUUUUCCUCAUUCAUUAUCAAGGGAGUCUGUUUUCUAUGUGGGACGUAAUCAGGUGCUUGUUGUGAAUAAGAAUGGGAAACUUGUCCUUAGCAACAGAGCAUUAGCCAGGCUUAUUAUACAGUACAAGAAGAGUGGGAGAACUGAUGACCUAUCAAAGCUUCUCUGUAGUAUCCAGAAGAAGGGCUCAGUUGAAUCUAGCAGAAUGUGCUCUGAUGUGGUUGCUGCUUGCAUUUGCAUGGGUUGGCUUGAAACUGCUCAUGAUAUUUUGGAUGAUUUGUAUUCUGAAGGAAGUCCGCUGAACACUAGUUCAUACAUGUCUCUGUUGACUGCAUAUUGCAACAACAAUAAGCUAAGGGAGGCGGAGGCACUGCUAAAGCAAUUAAGAAAAUCAGAUGUGGUCAUAAAUGCAUCUGAUCCAUUGUUAGCUCCUGCAUCUAUGUGUGAACUGGAAAAUGGAAGCAAGAAUAAGAAAGAAUUAGUUUGUGUGGAGAAAGGGGAGCUGGCUUACCAUAUUGUUGAAGAAAUGAGAGCAGAAGAAAAUGACGCGUCAUUUAUGAUGCAUGAUUUAAAUUCUUCUAUCUACUUUUUUAUGAAGGCUCACAUGGUUGAAGAUGCUGUAAGGGCUUACCGGAAAAUGCAGGCAAUGAAGAUCCAUCCUACAGUGUCAACUUUCAUGAAUCUGCUUAAUGGGUAUUCUUCUUUAGGGAUGUAUCGUGAAAUUACAAUCUUGUGGGGAGAUAUUAAAAGGAAUAUGGAAAGUCGUAAGAACUUGAGUACCAGGGAUUUAUACGAGUUCUUGCUGUUGAAUUUUCUUCGAGGUGGUUAUUUUCAUAGGGUGAUGGAGGUUAUUGGUUUGAUGAAAGAAAAUGGCAUGUAUUUGGACAAGUGGAUGUAUAGACGUGAGUUCUUGAAAUAUCACAAGGGUCUUUACCUAAGGAUAAAAGUAUCUGAUGCUACCAAUGACAAACAAAUUCAGAGGAUUGAGCAUGUGAGGCGCUUUAGGAAGUGGGUUGGCCUGGAUUAGUUCUUUUGGGUAUCAAUGAAUAUACUUCUUGCACAAUGGGAAAAAAAAAAUCAAGAAAAUAUUGAGCCAUCCUUUGCCAAAUUUGACAGGCUUCUCUCCAUUUUUGUCCACCUGAGAAGUGUAGUACCUCUGGGGUGGGGUCUCAGUUUAAUUGUAAAUUAUGUAUUUCACCCAAAGACAAUGUUCCAGGAAAGGAUAUCUUUCUCUUCAAUUGUUCCAUCGGGUAUUGUAUCUCUAAUAGGUCAGUGCUCUUUAGCACGUGCGGCAGAUUGUUGAAUGUGACUCGCAUCUCAGUUUUUUGCUUUGUCAAAAAUAAUGAAGUUACGAAAUUGUAAGUGUGGCAAGAAUUCAUACUUGUCAAUAUGGGAAGAUAAAAUUUAAAGGAUCAGGGAACUGUAUUCUGAUUGGCACUUCAGAUGCGAUUUUCUGCUCCUUGAGUCGGAAUUGAUACUCCGGCAUGCAUGGAAAUUGACAACUAACAUGGCUCUGGUGUCUACUCCAAGCCUGUAGCUAUCUGUCAUGGAGCUGAAUAAGUUGUAAUGGAGAUUGGACCGCUAGAUACAACACAGAAUGUAGAGCCUCCCACAUUCGUCCCUUGUUGCGACCAUGUCAGUCCGAGUUCCGGGGAAGUAUCGGAAGAAAAUUUGGACCUAUACAACACUGAGAGUGGACCUAUAUGCUGAUGAUUUAUACACAAAAUCAGUUGCCUUCGUAAAAAAAAAGGUAUUCUGAACCAAUUUUUCAUCUUGUUGGUAAAUAUGUGCAUAGCUUGAUGACUAACGACACUAUUGUCCCCACACUUUCAAAAGUUACUUGUGAGAUAUUUCUAAAAGUUUAGUCAUCAUUUGAAGAAUCGACUCAAUAAGUUAGUAAUUCUAGUAAGGCGGAAUGGUGUACUGGAUCUUUGUACGUAUCUGAGUUUGUAAAAUGGACGCCUUUACUUAGCCCUUUGUCA